AUGGCCAUCGCCGACGCAGACCUCUUCCCCCAUGCCACUGGCGAGGCGGCUAAGACCGUAGCAAAGCAUACUGAGCCACAGGAGCUCGUCUUCUACGCAGGAUGGUUCUGCCCAUAUGCUCAGCGUGGCUGGAUCGCUCUGGAGGAAAAAGGGAUCCCGUACCAAUACAAAGAGAUCAACCCUUACCACAAGGAGAAGCACUUCCUUGCCAUUAACCCGAAGGGGCUCGUCCCGGCGAUCGAGUACCAGAACAAGCCACUCUACGAAUCCCUCAUCAUCAGCGAAUUCCUCGAAGACGCCUUCCCCACCCACGAGCCGCAUCUCCUCCCCGCCGAUCCCUUCGCCCGCGCGCAAGCACGCCUCUGGAUCGACCACAUCAGCAAGGCCGUCAUCCCCGCGUUCCAGCGGCUGCUCCAGUCGCAGGAGGCGCCAAAGCAGGCAGCCGCGCUCGAAGAGCUCAAGACCGCGCUGCGCACGCUCGCGCAGAACGCCAAGGGCCCGUAUUUCUUUGGGGAGGGGUGGAGUUUGGUCGAUACUGCCAUCGCGCCAUGGGUGACUAGGGAUUAUAUUCAGCAGGAACAUCGUGGGUACAAGCGGGAGGAUGUUAGCCCUGAGUGGGUAGCCUACGCGGGCAAGCUGGAAACUAGAGAGAGCGUGGUGAAGACCAGGAGCGAGAAGCGCCAUUACGAACCUAUCUAUGGCAGGUACCUGCGCGACGAAGCGCAGAGUGAGGCCGCAAAGGCCAUUCGAGCAGGAAGAGUCAUCCCGUAA